AUUUCUAGAAAAGCUGUAUAGAACACGAAGUUCUUGGCACAAGGCAGUGACAGUUAAAGGCUCUUCCAAUGCCGAAGCAGCAUUUCAACAACUGCCCUCCUGCCACCGUUGCUGUGUACUAUGGCUUCCCUACGUGACGGGCCUGCAGAAAUGGCUCAUUCCACCGCAAGUAGCGUUCGUGCGCCCAAUGCUGUAGAGGAAACGUUCCCGCUUACCCAAAGACCAUCCGCAUCUGCCAAUCCGACGACGCACAAGUACUGCAAGCAGCAAACCUCAAAAGGAGUCCCUCAAUUGGCUGGCUAAGUUCAGAAGAGCUAUAUCUUUAAUGAUGCAACCGAAAAAACCGGUAGCCAAAGCCCCCACCGUGUGGAGAAGCAUUCAAGCGAUUGUUUUUGCUUCAUGGCUAAAUGUUUUGUUGGUCUUUAUCCCGAUAUCUUGGGCUAUGAACUUUGCUCUGCCCGAUCAGCACACUCUUAUAUUUGUUUUUGCAUUCCUGGCUAUCAUACCACUGGCCAAGCUUCUCGCCUUCGCGACCGAUGAACUGUCACUACGAGUCGGUCAAACUCUCGCUGGUCUUCUCAACGCUACAUUAGGAAAUGCCGUCGAACUCAUCGUAUCGAUCAUCGCGCUCGCGAAGUGUCAGCUUACAAUCGUUCAGUCGUCCUUGGUGGGUUCUAUCCUGAGCAAUCUCUUACUGGUACUGGGCAUGUGCUUCUUUGCCGGUGGUCUCCGCUUCUCGGAACAGGGAUUUGGUCAAAGUGCUGUGCAACUUAAUUCGUCAUUGCUCACCAUCAGCGUGAUUGCUGUUCUGUUACCUGGGGCUUUUCACAUGGCUCUUCAGGGCCAACCAGAAUAUGACGAAUUGUCGACCGAUUACAACAUAUUGAAAACUAGCCAUGGUGUUGCAAUUAUUCUCCUUUUCAUCUACGCCUCAUAUCUGGUUUUCCAGUUAUUUUCGCACAAAGCCCUCUACCAUGAUGACAAUGAAGAUAUGCAACCAACCAAGGAGUACACGGGCCAGAAUCCAUUUCGGUUGCACAGGACGCAGAGGCAGCUACAAACGUUGUCCCACCCCAUGGAUGCCAACCCUGACGUGGAACCUGGGACCCAUUCCAUAGCAUCGGUGGAGACUGAGGUUCCUGAGCAACCACUGAUGAACCUUGCCGUGUGCCUUUGGCUUUUGGUUGUUGUAACCGUGUUGGUUGCUGUUACUGCAGAGUUCCUCGUUGACUCAAUUGAUGGUUUGACUUCAUCUGGGUCGAUCAACAAGGAAUUCGUUAGUAUUAUUUUGCUCCCAAUCGUUGGUAAUGCAGCGGAGCAUGUCACUGCAGUUACGGUAUCCGUCAAGGAUAAACUGACUUUAAGCUUGGGCGUUGCUGUGGGUUCGAGCAUUCAAAUUGCGCUCUUUGUGAUUCCAUUCAUUGUGACACUUGGCUGGAUUAUGAAUAAGCCAUUGACCCUUCUCUUUGACCCGCUGGAAUCCAUCGUAUUGUUCCUUUCCGUCCUCACUGUCAAUUACGUCGUGCAGGACGGCAAGUCAAAUUGGUUGGAAGGGAUGAUCCUCAUGUGCUUGUACUUGAUUUUGGGUGUAACGUUUUGGUAUUAUCCUGGUACCCAAGGGAUCUUCCCAAAUUGUUAGGCCAAACCCAAAGCAUCGUUGAUAAAUGGAGGACUGCCACGGGCUUAGUACGACUAGGCUUCGACCUGGGCCACUUCCCAGAUCAUAUUGGGUACCAUAUACCUUCAGCACACUAGUUACCCGUCCCUUCCAGUGCCAACUAUCAUUAUUGACAUGCUUCUUUCUUCAUGAUUUCUAUGGUUCGCACUAGGAACCCAGCCCCGUCCUUAUUUUUAUGCGAUUACCGCUGCGCGGAUAGGAAGAGAUCUAUUCCAAUUUACUCCUACUUACCUUUUAAAUAUAACAAUAGUUUAAUGACCAACCUGGAGUGCACACCACGGCAAGGCCAAGUGUGGCUAAAGGGCCUUCCAAUACACUUCGUGGCGGAUCGCAUAGGU